UUCCAUCUCUCACCACAGGAAAUCUGUGUGUGGUUUAAAUGCAAGCCGGAGUCUCUUUCUGCACACUACUUGUGUGCAAGUGUGUGAGGAACAUACAGCAGCAUGGCCAGCCGUCGGGUGGAGCAUCCUGCUGCAGGCUACAGGAAGAUCUUUGAGACAGUGGAGGAGCUGAACGAACCUAUACCUGCUGAGAUCAGUGGUGUUAUACCAUCAUGGCUUGGCGGCAGUCUUCUCAGGAUGGGUCCAGGUCUUUUCGAGGUGGGAGACGAACCUUUCAACCACCUGUUUGAUGGACAGGCUCUCAUGCACAAGUUCGACCUGAAGGACGGUCAGGUGACCUACUACAGGAAGUUCCUCAGGACGGAUGCGUAUGUUCGUGCCAUGGCUGAAAACAGAGUAGUCAUCACUGAGUUUGGAACAGCAGCCUACCCAGACCCCUGCAAAAACAUCUUCUCCAGAUUCUUUACUUACUUCAGAGGCAUCGAGGUGACCGACAACUGCGUCGUGAACGUCUAUCCAAUCGGCGAGGACUUCUACGCCGUCACAGAGACCAAUUAUAUCACAAAGGUUGAUCCUGAUUCGCUGGAGACUUUAAAGAAGGUGGACCUGUGUAAGUACCUCUCAGUGAAUGGGGUGACUGCCCACCCCCACAUUGACACAGAUGGUACAGUCUAUAACAUCGGCAACUGCUUUGGCAAGAACAUGAGUCUGGCUUACAACAUUGUCAAGAUCCCACCUGCUCAGAAAGACAAGUCAGAUCCCCUGGAGAAAUCCCAGGUCGUUGUUCAACUACCCAGCAGUGAGAGGUUAAAACCCUCCUACGUACACAGUUUCGGUAUGACAGACAACCAUUUUGUGUUUGUGGAGCAGCCGGUGAAGAUCAACCUGCUCAAGUUCCUGUCGGCUUGGAGCGUCAGAGGAGCCACAUACAUGGACUGUUUUGAAUCCAAUGACAGCAUGGGGACAUGGUUCCACCUGGCCACUAAGGAGCCAGCAGAUUAUCUGAGCAGCCACAAGUUCAGAACGUCAGCUUUCAACAUCUUUCACCACAUUAACGCCUACGAGGAGGAGGGAUUCAUCGUGGUCGACCUCUGCACAUGGAAGGGUCAUGACUUUGUGUAUAACUACCUGUACCUGGCUAACAUAAAGGAGGAAUGGGAAGAAGUGAAGAGAGCAGCGAUGAGAGCUCCUCAGCCUGAGGUCAGACGAUACGUACUGCCACUGGAUAUACACAGGGAGGAGCAGGGAAAGAAUCUGGUCUCUCUGUCCUACACUACAGCAACCGCUGUUCUUCGCAGUGAUGGCACCGUCUGGCUCGAACCUGAAGUCCUCUUUUCUGGACCAAGACAGGCCUUUGAGUUUCCUCAGAUUAACUACUCUCUGUGUCGUGGGAAGAAGUAUUCCUUCGCCUAUGGUCUGGGACUCAACCACUUCAUCCCUGACAGGAUAGUCAAGCUGAACGUACAGACCAAAGAGAGCUGGGUGUGGCAGGAGGAAGAGUGUUACCCAUCGGAGCCGCUGUUCGUACCAACACCUGGAGCUACAGAGGAGGACGAUGGUGUGCUGCUGAGCAUCGUGGUGAAGCCGGGUGCAGAGAGACCGGGCUUCCUGCUGGUGCUGGAUGCCAUGAAACUGACCGAGCUGGCCAGGGCCGAGGUCGACACCAUCAUCCCCGUGACCCUCCACGGCAUGUACAAACCAUGACCCUGACCUCCAUCCUGACCCAGCCAAGACACAUCCUGAAAUACACCACUUCCACUUUCCCGCCAGCCAACUACAUGUUUUUAAACCGUUUUUUUUGCCAAGUUAAAGUUUGAAUUUAAGCUUCACUGCUUUCACCAGGCCCUUGGGACAUAAUAAAACGGUACAUUUAUUCUGUCGUUGGCAGGCGCACACUAAAAGAUGUUUCACAUCUUAACAGAUUAUAUGUUUAUUUGUUUCACACAUAUAAAAAGACAACAAAAUACAAUUCAUGUGGAAGGAAUGGAAAAAUAUGUGUGAGCGUGUGGUAGAAACCUAUAGUGGCUGAUAUAAAAAAAACACACCCAAAGGACAUACAAUAAGUAAAAGAAAAUACUAUCAUGACAAAAAUCACCAGCACAUUUUAGACACAUUAGUGUUCAAAAUAUUUCACAUAUGAAAAUAUACAGUGUAAGAGUAAUUGCCAUAAACAUUUUAAAAAUGUGAGAGAUAACACAUAACGAAGUUAUUUGAAAUUUAACAGCUUUGCUCCUAUAGUGUGUGGUGAGCAACGAUUUGGCCAAAACAGCACACCCCACACUAACAGAUCACAUGCAUGAACAACAACAGUCCCCACUAAAGUAAAAGGCCGCUAUGACGGCGGUGGUUGUCCUUCCUUCCAUCAAAUAUUGAACAUUUGUUAUUUCCAUUCCUCCUUUGGGAAAGACAACUGAACAGUGUCUUGUAGCUGGUGGCGAAAAAAGGUUCCUUUGUACAGAUAUUCAUACAGUGUACUUUGCUUCUGUUUAAACACCUUAUCAAAAACAUUUACUCCAUGGAUUAUGUUUUAUUUCAUAAUUAUAACAGCGCCUGCAUAUUUGUGAAAUCAUCCUUGUAAACCGAGAGCUACAGUUAAAUAUAAGCACAAUAUUUUGCAACAGAAAGCUAUUUACAUUUCUUUUCUUCUUUUAUAAUAUAAAUAAAAACAAUUCCAUUACAAUGA